CACAACAACAAACAUCGCUGGCGAUUUCUUUCUUGUUUGUACCUGAAGACUCGUAUACUGAUUCCAUUCAACGAUGGUGAAUCCGAAUCUGGCCAAUGUUUUUCUUCGCAUGAAGGACCUAUCAGAGCUUCAAUUCUGGACAAAUAAGGCUUUCCAUUCGUUACUGGUUGCACCCGGGUGCGAGAUCUGAUGUGAGCAUAAACAUCCGGCAAGCGAGAGAAAUAGUAAGUAGUGCGAAGUCAACAAGACCCAGCAACUCCAGAUUACAAAAUGUCAAAGUUGUCUUCUUUCCUUGAUGUAAUUUUCAUUCUUGCAUAUCCGUCUACAGUACCUUCAUUAUUAGCUUCUUCUCAAUGCCUUCCUUUACAUCCUCCAAGCACCAUGAUGUAGUCAUCAUCGGUGCUGGUAACAAUGGCAUUGUAGCGGCCAAGACAUAUCUUCAGAUCAACCCCUCAAUCGACCUCCUCGUCAUUGAUGGAGGGAAAUCACUUGGCGGCGUUUGGUCGGCAGAGCGAGUCUAUCCAGGUCUGAUUUUUGAAAUGCCCGCUCCCUUGAUGAACUUUACGGAUUUGGAUAUCACGAAAGAGCUAGGGGUUGAGCUAUGGGGCGAUGUUACUGGAGAGCAGGUCAAUGAGUUCCUAAAUCGAUAUGCUCAAAAGUACGACAUUCCUAGACGCUGUCAAUUCAACACAGAAGCGAUACAAGUGGAAAGAGAUGGACCUGGCUGGAAGGUUAUCACUCGCCAAACAGGACCACAAACCGGCGAUAUCGUAGAAAUUGCCUGCAAUAAACUCAUCAUAGCGACUGGAAUCACGUCUAAACCAAAACCCGUCCCCUGGGACCUGAGCAAGUUCGAAGGUCCUUCAUUUCACGCUAUUGAAGUGGGCCAGCGUCAACAAGAGCUACUCAGUGAUAACUUUAAGCAUUUGACAGUGGUUGGUGGGCAUAAGUCAGCUCUUGAAGCAGUCGGAACUUGCGCCCAAGCUGGCAAGCAGGUCGAGUGGCUCAUUAGGAAAGAAGGAGGUGGGCCGACCUGGAUGAUGCCAGCCCGGAACCCAGAUGGGUCAUCCUUAGCAAAAAUGGCGACAAAGCGAUUCAUGGGCUUCCUAUCAUGCAGUAUCUACAAUUCCAAUCGGUGGUUGAAUCGAUUCUUCCAUAGUGGUAGAUGGUGGUUCGGAACUUGGUUCUUGAAUUGGUUCUGGGGAUUUAUGACGGCACAAGUGAAAAUGGAUGCAACCACGAAGAAGAAUCGAUAUCAUCAAAGCGAAAAUGGAAAGAGAUUGGAGCCAGUCCCUACCAGCUUCUUUUGGUUUGCUCCAGGUGGAACAAUGCUUCAUGACAGAGAUCUGGAAACCCUCAAGUUAGUGAACGAGGGGAAGCUUGUCAACGUCACCAGAGACAAUAUUGUUUCUGCUGUCGGAAACUCGAUCAACCUCUCCAAUGGUGACAAGAUCUCGACCGAUGCAAUCGUCUAUUGCACAGGCUGGGACAUAGCAUUCCCGUCACUCUUUUCACCAGAGCUUGCCAACGAACUCGGCAUCCGUGUUGAUCUUUCUUUCCUCUCACCAAAAGAAAGAGAGUAUUGGAAGUCUUUAGAUGCGGCAGCCGAAGCUCGAAUCGAAGCCGAAAAUCCUAUUCUCAGAAACCCGCCAAGUAACAUCCACAUCCCCAAAUCAACCAAGACGCCAUUUCGAUUAUUCCGCGCGAUCGUGCCUUCCAAGCUCGCAGCAAGAGGCGACAGGUCACUCGUGAUCCUAGGCAACUACGCAGGUGGCCGACUCCAGCAGACUUCUGAGAUCCACUCUCUCUGGGCCAUUGCCUACCUCGAGGAUCUCAUGCCGGCAUCCACAAAUGCCAAACUCGCUAACGAAGAAUUCAUGAACAAAGAUAUCGCGCAUGUGGAAGCAUUCAGGAAGAAGAGAUACCUGAACACAUUCCCCUUCCGUAUCGCUAUAUUCGAAGCCCCAGAAUACGAAGAUUUGGUGAUGCAAGAGCUGGGGUUGAGAGCUGAUAGGAAGAGGAUGCGUAUACCGAGUGGGUGGAGGGGUUGGUUUGGGUGGAAGGCUUGGUGUGAGGAGUGGUUUGGGGGGUAUUUGGCGAGUGAUUAUGAGGGUAUCGUGGAAGAGUUCUUGGAGAGUGUGAAAAGGAGGAAGAGUUUUGGCGAGCAAGUGCCUUCGCUUAAUGGGAAGGUGUAGACGUGGGUGCUGGUGGAUGUGGAGACCUCUCUAGAUGUGCUAGAUUUUCAGUAUAGUUACGCUUGCACUUUCUAGUUUUGACGUUUUCUCAUGUAGCUCUUAUUCCUCUAGUCUAGAGUGAAAGUUCUUUCUUUGGCAGAAAAAAAUCCAGGCU